GAAUAGUAAGUCGAAACGCUGAUCAUGUGUGGAAGGAGCGUCGUACUUUUAUAGGUACGCAAUUACGUGACUUUACCAAGAGAUCUUUAGAGGCAACGAUUCAUGAAGAAGCUGAGAUGUUGUGUGAGGCACUUGGAGCCACCAAUUGCAAGCCUGUUGACUGUAGCCAUCUUCUGCGGUACGCCAUCAUGAAUGUUAUAAGCAUUUUUCUAUUUGGGGAAAGAUGGGAGUAUAGUGACACAACAUUUAAGAAAGUGUUAGAAGAGAACGAUGGACAGUCAUCGACCUUCAAAGAAUUGAAAAAUGUCAAGGAAACAGCUACAUCUUCUGUUAGCGAGUUAUUCCGAACUGCUACAGAUCCUACCUAUACUGCACUUCGAUGGGCGUUUGUGUUUAUCGUUAAACAUCCAGAAAUUCAAGAGCAAAUACACAACGAAAUCGUUGAUGUCAUUGGUACAAGUCGCAGAGCAACCAUUAAUGACUAUGACAGUAUGCCAUUCACCCAGGCAGCAAUAAUGGAGGCCAUGAGAAUGGUAGCGCCAUUGUCCCUCGCUGCUCCACACAGUAAUACAAAGGAUUGUAAAAUCGGAGGCUAUGAUAUUCCUAAAGAUAGCUAUGUUCUCCCAAAUUUUCACUCUGUUCACAUGGAUCCAGAAUUCUGGGAAAAUCCUGAAAAGUACGACCCAAGUCGUUUUAUUGGUCCUGAUGGAAAGCUGAUAAACAAGGUUGCCUUCAUGGCAUUUGGUAGAG